UCUGCGAUCUUCCACUGGAUUUGUCUUGCUAUAAAGCACUCCAAACAAAUCUCAAUAUACAGACCACAGCUGCAUAAAUAACUACCUAUAUACCAACUUCACAGUAUAAUUUAUACAACACUUGUCAAGUCUAAACAUCAAACCAAUACACCAAAUAUUAAAUCAUAACACACAAAAUUGUCCUGUAACACCAAAAAAAAAUCCUGAAUCUAAUUAGUCAUUCCCCUAAGACUAUGUCUCCAUCAACAAGAAACUAUCUCGGCAGAAUUGGAUACUGAAACGAAAUUCUAAUAAAACUCACAUUGUCCUCGAGGACAAUCUUCAAUCUCGAAUCAGCCUCGCGGCAAUCUCUCUCUCAAGGCGAGAAGCCUUCUCCUCAAGCUCACGCACAGCACAGCAUUCUCCUUAUCCACAAGCUUCUGCCUCAAUUCCACCAACUCAGAGUCUAGAUUAGAGACCCUUGAAGCUAUCGCCAUUGACGUGAUCUUUCUAGCGAGAUCCAGCUGCUCAAAAAGGAUCCAUCGGAAUCACCGACAGAACCUCUUCGAGGAGCUCGAAAUCUAGCUGGUCUUCUCCCAUUUCUCCGCUCCCCUUCGAAGCCGGAGAUAAGGAUAGAGAUUGAACCCUACUAAAUUUUGGAGAUGACAACCCCGAGAAGAUUAGGGUUUUCCAGCUCUGAAAUUGUCCGAUUGCCUCUAGUUGGUGCCGUCGAGUAUGUCUGAUUGUCUGUGACUGUGUGCGUAUAGAUAGAGAUACACGCGUCCAUGCGAUUACAUACACAAAAAUCACACACAUCUCGGUGCGAAGAAAGGAAAAAAACAUCACGAUGUUAUCUUCUUGCCCUGAUUACUUUUGUCUUUCUCAGAUUCUUCAGCAAGUGAAUCAAGUCGGCGAGCCGGGAACGGCGUCGUUUUUGUGGUUUACUGAGAAAGAGAAAGAGAGAGAGAGCUCCGGGUCCACAUAUAUCAAAGAAAGAGAGAGAGCAAAAGAAAAAAACAGAUUGUACAAAAGACGAAAACCCUAAUUUUCUAUUGUGCGGCGGCGUGAGACGAAAGGCUGGAAGAAGCAUGACGAGAGCCGGCAAGAAAAAAGCUGGAAGAAGAAUGACGAGGACGAGGAUCUGCGAUCUUCCACUGGAUUUGGUAGGGGGAAAAAUACUCACGAGGGUUCCGAUAACAUCUCUUGGAGCUGUGAGAACCACUUGCAAAUUAUGGAACACUUUAACCAAAGAUUGGGUUUUGGGUGAAGCUUCAGCGCCAAGGCAACAGUUUUUAGGGUUUAUGACGAUGGAUUCAAAGGUUUGUUCAGUUAAAUUCCAUAGCAGAAAGGAAAAAGAAGAAGAAGGAGAAGACUUGGCUAUAAAGCAGGUAGAUUUGCUUAAUCAAGUCAAGAUAUCUAAAGUGCAUCACUGCGACGGCUUACUGUUAUGCGUCGCUGAGGACAAGUCGAGGCUGGUGAUUUGGAACCCUUAUUUGGGGCAAACAAGGCCAAUCAGACUCGGCGACGAUUUUCACUGGCAAGACAGUUAUGCUUUAGGAUACGACAUGAACCGUAACCACAAAAUCGUGAGGUUUCAGGAUUAUUACGAACAUCCAAACAAAGUUUCCAGGUACGAAAUCUACCAGUUGAGCUCUAAUUCAUGGAGGGAUCUCAAGGUCCAUCGACCCGAUUUGGAUAUAGAGUUUAACCAUAGCGCGUCUGUGAAGGGAAAUACCUACUUUUUUGCUCAAGAGAAUCGGAAGUAUGUUGAACCUAAUGAAGAUGGAGAGAUAACGGAUCUUGAAGAUUUCUUGAUCUGUUUUGAUUUCACAACAGAGACAUUUGGUCCGCCUCUGCCUCUUCCGUUUCACUCUGGUAUCGACGAGACUGUCACUUUCUCUAGUGUUAGAGACGAGCAGCUCGUGGUGCUCUAUCAUAAUGAGGGUGUUUAUUAUGGUGAUAAGAUUAGCACAGUUGAGUUUUGGGUUACUACUAAGAUCGAGCCCAACUCUGUGUCCUGGAGCAUGUUUUUGCAAGUGAAUAUGAGACCGGUCUCUCUCACUGGUGAACUGUUUAACCAUGAGAUGGGUGGGGGCACCUUCUUCAUUGACGAGGAACAGAAAGUCGCUGUGGUGUUUGACAUAGACGGAUACCUACCAACCCUACCCACCCUACCCGAGAGAGUUCGUUACCACACAGCUUUUAUCAGUGGACAAGACGGAUACUUCAAACCUGUGAGUCUUGGAGUCGCUCCCAAUCGCGGGGAACCUUGUCAGUCCUCAUCAGGGCCUUGUUUUGCGAGUCUAUAUUGUCCCCCGGUUGUGUGCUCUUCUUCUUACCUUCCCAGUUUGGUGCAACUCAACUAACUGCGCAAAAGGAAAGAUAGAUGUGUUUAGUUUCCUGUUUCUUUCAUAUCUCAAGACUGCUACUUCUCAGUUUCGUUUCUAUUUUAUCAGCUAAUAAGUAAAACGAUUUCAGCUUUCUUGUUCUUGUCAUGGACCAUGGUUGAAGUUUCUUGGUUAAGUAACCCUUUUUUUUUGUUUUCUUGCAUUGUCGUCUGGUAGUAGUUAAUUUAUCGUUCUACCCACU